CCUAAUCAUUUUAUAUACACUCUAUAUAAGCUUCUCAGUUGAGUGUUUCAUCAUCAUUCACAAGCUCAUUAGUUGUAUCACUCUCAAAUACAUUCUCUAAGCUUCUAGUUUUCCAAAUAUGGAAACUUUCCCAAUUUUGUUCAUUGCCUUUCUUAGCAUUGGAUGCUGCAUUCUUUCGAACAAUAUCGUCAAUGCGACUCACUUUGGCAUCACUAGACACUACAAGUUUGAUAUCAAGCUGCAAAAUGUGACAAGAUUAUGCCACACUAAGAGCAUUGUGACAGUUAAUGGGCAGUUUCCAGGGCCUCGUAUUGUUGCUCGAGAGGGUGAUCGACUCAUUAUCAAAGUCGUCAACCAUGUCCAAAACAAUAUUUCCAUUCAUUGGCACGGAAUCAGACAACUACGAAGUGGGUGGGCAGAUGGGCCAGCAUAUAUAACACAGUGCCCCAUCCAAACCGGGCAAACUUACGUGUAUAACUUCACCAUUGUUGGGCAACGAGGCACACUUUGGUGGCAUGCUCACAUUUCUUGGCUCAGAUCGACUCUAUAUGGACCUAUCAUUAUUCUCCCUAAGCGCGGUGUUCCUUACCCUUUCCCUCAUCCCUAUAAGGAGGUUCCUCUUAUAUUUGGAGAGUGGUGGAAUGCUGAUCCUGAGGCGGUCAUUGCCCAAGCUUUGCAGACAGGUGGUGGUCCAAAUGUAUCAGAUGCGUACACCAUAAAUGGCUUACCCGGACCAUUAUAUAAUUGCUCCGCUAAAGACACCUUUAAAUUGAAUGUAAAACCGGGCAAAACGUACCUCCUGAGGCUGAUCAAUGCUGCGCUGAAUGACGAACUCUUCUUUAGCAUCGCGAACCACACUCUCACAAUCGUGGAUGUUGAUGCUGUUUAUGUAAAGCCAUUUGAGGCAGAUACGAUUAUUAUAACUCCGGGACAAACCACAAAUGUUCUCCUUAAGACAAAGACGAAUCAUCCUAAUGCAAACUUCCUGAUGAUGGCUAGGCCUUAUGUUACUGGAAAUGGCACUUUUGACAACUCCACUGUUGCGGGAAUUCUUGAAUACCACUACCCAAAACCUUCACCUUCAAUCAAGAAGCUUCCUCUCUUCAAACCCGAAUUACCAGCUCUACGAGACACCUCUUUUGUUACCAAUUUCACCAACAAGCUCAAAAGCUUAGCAAAUUCCCAAUUCCCAGCCAAUGUACCAAAACAUGUUGACAAAAACUUCUUUUUCACAGUAGGGUUAGGAACCAACCCAUGCCCGAAAAACCAAACUUGUCAAGGUCCGAGCAACACCACCAUGUUUGCGGCUGCUGUCAACAAUAUUUCAUUUGUCAUGCCUUCGAAAGCACUCCUGCAAGCACAUUUCCUCCACCAAUCACAGAAUGUUUACACUACUGACUUCCCCUCCUCGCCAUUGAUCCCUUUCAAUUACACCGGCACACCACCUAACAACACAAUGGUUAUAGACGGGACAAAGGUGGUGGUUCUACCAUACAAUACCAGUGUGGAGUUGGUGUUGCAAGAUACCAGUAUCCUUGGUGCUGAGAGUCAUCCUCUUCACCUUCAUGGGUUCAAUUUCUAUGUGGUUGGUCAAGGUUUCGGAAACUUUGAUCCCAAAAAAGAUCCUGCUAAGUACAAUUUAGUUGACCCAGUCGAGAGGAACACUAUUGGUGUGCCUGCCGGAGGGUGGGUUGCCAUUCGUUUUCUUGCAGACAAUCCAGGAGUAUGGUUCAUGCAUUGUCAUUUGGAAGUUCACACCAGCUGGGGAUUGAAGAUGGCUUGGAUAGUCGAAGAUGGAAAGCUACCCAAUCAGAAGCUGCCACCACCACCAUCUGAUCUUCCCAAGUGUUGAUAGUAC